UUGAAAUAUUUUUUAAUAAUUAUAAAGUGAAAAGAUAUUAAUAUUAAAUGAAAUAAAAGGUUAAAAAUUGGCUUAUUAUAACCUAUAAAAUUUAUUUUUUCUCGUUUUUAUUAGUGAUCAAUUUAUAAGAAGACGUGAUAUGGUUCAACAAUAUCAAUCGCCUGUUCGGGUGUAUAAGCAUCCUUUUCCACUCGUGAUGAUGGCAUAUGAGCGCAGAUUUCCUACCUGUCCGCAAAUUCCUGUUUUUGUUGGUUGUGAAAUAGUUUCUGAUGAAGAAAGUAAAAAUGGUUCUAUUAGAAUAACGGAACGGCGGUGUAAAUUAAAUGUUGAAGCUCCAUAUAUUUUAAAAAAAAUCAUUGGUGUAGAUUUUGUCUAUUUUAUUCAAAAAAAUGUUUUAGAUAGGCGAAAUAGCAUUCUAGAAAUAGAAGCAUAUAAUGAAAGUUUUUCGUCUAGAGUAACAGUUAUCGAAAAGUGCAGGUAUUUUGUUCAUCCUGAAAAUUCAGAAUGGACAUGUUUUGAACAAACUGCAAGUCUAGAUAUUAAAAAUUUUUUUGGAUUUGAAAACUCAAUGGAAAAAUUAGCAAUGAAACAAUAUGCUCAAAAUAUUGCCAAGGGUAAAGAGAUAAUUGAAUAUUUUAUAAAUCAAUUGAAGGAGGAAGGUAUUAUAUAUGUAGCUCCAUGGAAGGAUCCAAAUGAGAUGGCUGAAAAGGAUGAAGGGAAUAUUGUAAAAAACCAAGAAUCUCUUAAUCAAGAAGAAACUUACUCUUAUACAGACAAUAAAUUACAAAAUAGAGAAAUGCAGUUAUCUUCAGAUUAUAUAGAAAGAUAUUUAGGAAAACUUGAUAUGAUGCAAGAAAGCAAACUUAUUCAAUUACGACAAGGCAUAAAAGAAUUGCGAGGAAGUUCAGUACCAGGAGAUGCAACACUUUUGAGAUUUUUAAGAGCAACUGAAUUUUCAAUUGAAAAAGCAAAGGAAAUGUUAACACAGACAUUACAUUGGAGAAAAAAGCACCAAAUAGAUAAACUACUUGAAGAAUACGAAGUACCACAAGUUGUAAAAGAUUAUUUUCCUGGUGGUUGGCAUUAUUUUGAUAAAGAUGGCCAACCUUUAUAUAUCUUAAGAAUGGGGCAAAUGGACGUAAAAGGAUUAUUGAAAUCUAUUGGAGAAGAUGAUUUAUUGAUGCUGGUAUUACAUAUUUGUGAAGAAGGAUUAGUUCUAAUGGAAGAAGCAACUGCUGUUUCUGGUCAUCCAGUUUCUCAAUGGUGUUUACUUAUAGAUCUUGAAGGUCUAAAUAUGCGCCACUUAUGGAGACCUGGUAUAAAGGCUUUAUUACGCAUUAUUGAAAUCGUUGAAAUAAAUUAUCCAGAAACAAUGGGAAGAGUUUUAAUUAUGCGAGCACCUAGAUGUUUCCCUAUAUUGUGGACGCUGAUAAGCACGUUUAUAAAUGAAAAUACAAGAAAAAAGUUUAUAUUUUACUGUGGCACCAAUUAUCAAGAACAAGGUCCAGGCAAUUUAAGUGAUUAUAUUGAUCCUGAAUUUAUGCCAGAUUUUCUUGGAGGAUCGUCUGAGGACAAUGUGUGCGAGAUAUAUGGUAUGGUACCUCGAAGAUAUUAUAUAUUCAACGCAACUGCUAAUAACACUUACAUCACCGAAGGAGGAAUUGUUCCGAAACAUCUAUAUAAAAUGGAAUUAGAACCUACAUCUACUCAAGAAGAACAUAAUCUGUAUCAUUCGAUUAGUUUAAGCCGUGGACAAAUUCAUCGUAUAAUAAUUCGUUCAAAUGAUCCAGGAUCAGUUUUAACAUGGGAUUUUGAUGUAAUGCGCCAUAAUAUCAUAUUUACCGUACUUUAUCAAGGUCAUGAUGAUACAAUUAAUCGUUCUUUAGAAACUGUUACAGAUGAAGAUGCAGAACUAUUAGAAACAAAAGAAAUCAAAGGUCAUUUCAUUAAAGUUGAACCUAGUAUUAUUUGUCAUGAUGGUGAAAGUAUUCAAGGUUCUCACAUAAUGCAAGAAGCAGGUAUAUAUAUAUUACAAUGGCAUAAUCAAGAUGAUCCAGGAGAAUUUCUUCCAUCCAUUAGUAGCCAUAAAGCACAACUUAUGUACUUCUAUGAGACAUUAUCUUCAACUCAUUAUAGGGGUUCUAUGAUGAGUUUGCAAUCUGCUAUAAGUAUAAAAUCAGAAGCAACUUCAUUCUUGUCCAGAUGACGUGUAAAAGAUAUUUCAUAGAGAAUUUAUCAAUGUUUAAAAUUCUGAAACAUUGAGAAUAGUGAUUUAAUUUUAAUAAAUUUAUUAAUUUGUUUUUGAAUUUCUU